GGUCAAAGCUAUUGUUUUGCCAGCUGGUAACACUGUGCUGAAAUGCAAAUUAAAAUUAAUUUAUUUCGGUUAUCAUGCAAGUGACGAAAUAGCUAUUUGAGUGGCCAGCGAAAGGGGCAACGUAACCGAAUCUCGACUCCCGACACUCCACUCUCGACCCAUGAUGCAAAUCAAGCGACUCCUGUGCAAGUCCUGUGGCCUGGGCACCCUUUUGGUGGCGGUCGUGUGGCUGCUGGCGCUCCUUUUUUACUCGCACAGCUUGAGAAGCUCCAUCCGCUCGGCAGGAUGGAAGAUCGAGGAAAGGAACGCGACGCCGCGGGCGGAGUUGAGCUACCAGGCCAGGGUCACAAUCGGAUGCACUCCGACCGCCGACAAAAACGGCACAGCAGCCAGGGAAUCUCCUCCGGGAGCUCAACCCAAUCUGCAGAGUGAUCCCGAGCAAUUGGAACUGCUGGGCGUGGUGCGCAACAAGCAGGACAAGUACAUCCGGGACAUAGGCUACAAGCAUCACGCCUUCAACGCUCUGGUGUCCAAUAACAUUGGACUCUUCCGGCCGAUUCCUGACACUCGGCACAAGGUGUGCGAUCGCCAGGAGACCUCCGAGGACGAGAACCUUCCCCAGGCCUCCAUAGUCAUGUGCUUCUACAACGAACACAAGAUGACCCUGAUGCGGUCCAUUAAAACAGUGCUGGAGCGCACGCCUAGCUACCUCCUACGGGAGAUUGUCCUCGUGGACGACCACAGCGAUCUGCCGGAGCUGGAGUUCCAUUUGCAUGGCGAUCUUCGUGCCCGCCUCAAGUACGACAAUCUGCGGUACAUCAAAAACGAGCAGCGUGAGGGUCUCAUUCGAUCCCGGGUGAUUGGAGCCCGCGAGGCGGUCGGCGAUGUCCUGGUCUUCCUGGACUCGCACAUCGAGGUCAACCAGCAGUGGCUGGAGCCGCUGUUGCGCCUCAUCAAGGCCGAGAAUGCCACUCUGGCCGUGCCCGUCAUCGAUCUGAUCAACGCCGACACCUUCGAGUACACGCCCAGUCCGCUGGUGCGCGGAGGAUUCAACUGGGGCCUGCACUUCCGCUGGGAGAACCUUCCCGAGGGCACACUCAAUGUGCCGGAGGACUUUCGCGGUCCCUUCCGCUCGCCCACCAUGGCUGGCGGUCUGUUCGCGGUGAACCGGAAGUACUUCCAGCACCUGGGCGAGUACGACAUGGCCAUGGAUAUUUGGGGUGGCGAGAAUAUCGAGAUCUCGUUCCGAGCCUGGCAGUGUGGUGGCGCCAUCAAGAUCGUGCCUUGCUCUCGUGUGGGUCACAUAUUCCGGAAGCGCCGACCGUACACAUCACCGGAUGGAGCAAACACCAUGUUGAAGAACUCGCUGCGGUUGGCUCACGUCUGGAUGGAUCAGUACAAGGAGUACUAUCUGAAGCACGAGAAGGUGCCCAAGGGCUAUGAUUACGGGGACAUAAGCGAACGACUAAAUCUCAGGGAGCGGCUUCAGUGCCGAGAUUUCGGCUGGUACAUGAAGAACGUCUAUCCGGAGCUGCAUGUGCCGGGUGACGAGUCCAAGAAGUCGGCGGCAGCACCCAUGUUCCAGCCUUGGCACUCGCGCAAGAGAAACUAUGUGGACACAUACCAGAUGCGUCUGGCGGAAACGGAGCUCUGCGCCGCCGUGGUGGCGCCCAAGGUGAAGGGUUUCUGGAAAAAGGGAAGCUCCCUGCAACUGCAGCCCUGCCAGAGGACGCCCAACCAGCUGUGGUACGAAACCGAGAAGGCCGAGAUCGUGCUGGACAAGCUUCUGUGCCUGGAGGCGUCUGGAGAUGCCCAGGUCACGGUGAACAAGUGCCACGAGAUGCUGGGGGAUCAGCAGUGGCGGCACACCCGCACCGCCAACAGUCCCGUCUACAACAUGGCCAAGGGCACCUGCCUGCGGGCGGCUGCUCCGGCGGCGGGCGCCCUCAUCAGCCUGGAUCUGUGCUCCAAGACGAGCGGAGUGGGCGGAGCCUGGGACAUUGUCCAGCUCAAGAAGGCGAAGGAGGAGGACAAGGCCAAGAAGGCGGACAAAGCGCUGUGAGCGGGAUGACCUGCUGGCGUAUUGCAAUAUUAGACUGAUAACUGUUUAGGGCAAAAGUGUAUUAUGUUCAAAUAGCCAGUAUUUUUUCAUGAAAUUUUUUAAUAAAAUGUAGAAAACAAAAUAUUAAUAUUAAGUUAUUACCAACACAAGGUCGGAUGUCGAAUUCGAUUUACAAUUAAAUCUUAAACGCGACUUUAUGAGCAGCUGCAGCAGAAACAGGUUUUUUCAAAUAAUAGUUAAAAUUAUAUUUUAUUUCCGCAUGUCUCCAAUUGAUGAUGACACAUAUUUUAAGCUGUUUAAUAUUUAAACCCAGCUUAACUUACCAUCUUAUAUAAUUAAAUUGCAUAUGUAUAUACAUAUCUAGAUGUACAUUAUCGAGAUAAAUAUUCAACCUUCUUAACCUUUUUUGAGAUAUAA